AUGAGGAUACAGGUCAGUAGGAGGUCCAGGUCCGGUAGGAGGUUCAGGUCCGGGGGAGGAUCCAGAUUGGAGGAGGAUCUAGAUUGUAGGAGGUUCAGGACCAGGAGGAGGACCAGGACCAGGGGGAGGUUCAGGUCCGGUAGGAGGAUCCAGGUUGUAGGAGGGACUAGACUAGAAGGUCCAGAGUUCAUCUUCCUGCAGCAGCAGAUUCAGUCUGAUCUUUCUCUGAUCAGCAGGAACAUGGAAUCCACCGGAGCUGAAACCCAGAUCUAUUCUGAUGAACUGGUUUAUUCUGAUGAACUGGUUUAUUCUGAUGAACUGGUCUUCUUCGUUAACGGGACCAAGAUCGUGGAGAGGGACGCCGAUCCGGAGACGACUCUGCUGACGUUUCUGCGGAGACGAUUGGGGCUAACAGGAACUAAGCUAGGUUGUGCUGAAGGAGGAUGCGGCGCCUGCACCGUCAUGCUGUCACGCUACGAACCAAUCACCAACAAGCUGCUACAUUACUCCGUCAACGCCUGCCUUGCGCCGCUCUGCUCGCUGCACCUGGUUGCCGUGACGACGGUGGAGGGAAUCGGCAGCGUGGCCGGGAAGCUGCAUCCCGUCCAGGAGCGAAUCGCCAAGUCUCACGGCUCCCAGUGCGGAUUCUGCACGCCGGGGAUCGUCAUGUCCAUGUACGCACUGCUGAGGAACAACCCCACGCCCCGGAUGAUGGACGUGGAGGAGGCUUUCCAGGGAAACCUGUGUCGCUGCACCGGCUACCGGCCCAUCCUGGAGGGAUACAAGACUUUCACUCAGGAGGGCGGGUGUUGUGGAGGAAAAGGGCGGGAAAACGGCUGCUGCAUGACCAACGGGAACGGAGCUGUGAAAACCAGCGAAGAAGACGUGGACGAAGCUACGAUGCUUUUCAACACGGCCGAGUUCAAACCUCAUGACCCGACACAGGAAGUUAUCUUCCCCCCGGAACUCAUGAACUUGUCUAAAGGGCAGAAGCAGAAAUCUCUGCGUUUCCGCGGCGAGCGGGCCACGUGGUUUCAGCCGCGCAGUCUGGACCAGUUUCUCCGUCUGAAAUGGAAACAUCCGGAAGCUCGAGUGGUCGUGGGAAACACGGAAGUGGGUAUUGAGGUGAAGUUCAAGAACAUGAUCUACCCCGUGAUUCUGGCUCCAGCCUUCGUCCCCGAGCUCAACGCGGUGACUCACGUCCACGACGGUCUGGUCUUCGGUGCAGCCUGCUCUCUCAGCCACAUGGGGGCAGCACUGAGUCGGGCGGUGGAAACUCUUCCUCCUCAUCAGACCGAAGUCUUCCGGGCCGUUCUAGAGCAGCUACGAUGGUUCGCCGGAACGCAGAUCAGAAACGUAGCCGCUGUGGGAGGAAACAUCAUGACGGCCAGUCCCAUCUCAGACCUGAACCCUGUGUUCAUGGCAGCCGGAUGCAAGCUAACGCUAACAGACAAAGACGGCAGUCGGACGGUUCAGAUGGACGACGGCUUCUUCACGGGUUACAGGAGGACGAUCGUCCGGCCGACGGAGAUCCUGCUCUCCGUUCACGUCCCCUACAGCAGGAAGACUCAGUUCGUGUCGGCGUUCAAGCAGUCUCCUCGGCGCGAGGACGACAUCAGCAUCGUCACCGCGGCGAUGAGCGUCACCUUCACGCCGGGGACGGACGUGGUGGAGGAAAUGAGGCUGAGCUUCGGAGGGAUGGGACCGACCACGGUGCUGGCUACGAAGACCGGAGUUAGUCUGGUGGGAAGGCCGUGGGGGGAGGAGCUUCUGCACCGAGCCUGCUCCUCAUUGGCCGAGGAGAUGACCCUUGACCCCUCAGUCCCGGGCGGGAUGGCGUCGUACCGGCAAACGCUGACGCUCAGCUUCUUCUACAAGUUCUACCUGACGGUGCUGGGGAAGCUGAGACUGCAGGGCGUCAACGUGCCGGAGAUUAGCUCGGAGCUCGUUAGCGCUACGGAAACGUUCCACCCAGAGACGCCGUCCAGCACUCAGAUCUACCAGGCGGUCCCUGCAGGCCAGAGUCAGGAUGACGUCAUCGGCCGUCCCAUGAUGCACCUGUCGGCCAUGAAACAGGCCACAGGUGAGGCCGUCUACUGCGACGACGUCCCGCUGUACGAGAACGAGCUGCACCUGGCGCUGGUGACGAGCAGCAAGGCCCGCGCUAGGAUCCUGUCUAUAGACGCCUCGGCAGCAGAGCGAUUCCCCGGAGUCGUCCGCUGCCUGUUUGCUGACGACAUCGCAGGAAGCAACGUUACCGGAGUCAAGCAGGACGAGACGGUGCUGGCAGACGGACAGGUGACCUGCGUGGGUCACGUGAUCGGCGCCGUCGUCGCCGACACGCAGCUUCACGCUCAACGAGCCGCUAAAGCCGUGAAGAUCCAGUACGAGGAGCUGACGCCCAUCGUCACCAUCCAGGAAGCCAUCGCCGCCCAGUCCUUCUACGAACCAAUCAGAACCAUCGAGAGUGGAGACCUGGAGGCGGGGCUUAAGCAGGCCGACCACGUCCUGGAGGGGGAGAUCCACAUGGGAGGGCAGGAGCAUUUCUACCUGGAGACGAACGUAACGCUGGCCGUUCCCCGAGGAGAAGACGGAGAGAUGGAGCUGUUCGUGUCCACGCAGGCCACUAACGACACGCAGUCCCGGGUGGCGAGGGUUCUGGGCGUCCCGGCCAAUCGGGUGGUAGUUCGGGUGAAGAGGAUGGGCGGCGGCUUCGGCGGGAAGGAGAGCCGAUCCACGGUGGUGUCCACGGUGGUCGCCAUGGCAGCCAGCAGGCUGAAGAGGCCGGUCAGGUGCAUGCUGGACCGGGACGAGGACAUGCUGAUCACCGGAGGACGACACCCCUUCUACGGGAAAUACAAGGUUGGUUUCCUGAACAGCGGGAAGGUCGUUGCCCUGGACGUGUCGUACUACAGCAACGCUGGGAACUCCAGGGACCUGUCUCUGUCCGUUCUGGAGCGCGCUCUGUUCCACAUGGAGAACUCGUACAGCAUUGCUAACGUGCGCGGCCGCGGCUACCUGUGCCAAACCAACCUGCCGUCCAACACGGCGUUCCGGGGCUUCGGGGGCCCGCAGGGCAUGAUGGUGGCCGAGAGCUGGAUGAGCGACGUAGCCGUUAGCCUGGGCCGCCCCACGGAGGAGAUCCAGAGAUUAAACCUCUACGCUGAGGGAGAGUCCACUCCCUACAACCAGCUCCUCCAGGGAAUCACCAUCGAUCGCUGCUGGGACGAGUGUCUGUCCCGGUCCGGUUACCAACAACGCCGCGCCGCCACCGACCUCUACAACAGUCAGAAUCGAUGGACCAAACGAGGCGUCGCGAUGGUUCCCACCAAGUUCGGGAUCAGUUUCACCGCCACCUUCCUCAACCAGGCCGGAGCUCUGGUCCACGUCUACACCGACGGGUCGGUUCUGCUGACUCAUGGAGGGACGGAGAUGGGACAAGGACUGCACACCAAGAUGGUCCAGGUAGCUAGCAGAGUUCUGGGGAUUCCCGUCUCAAAGAUCCACAUCUCGGAGACGAGCACCAACACGGUGGCUAACGCUAGCCCCACGGCGGCGUCGGCCUCCUCCGACCUGAACGGAGCCGCCGUGCAGAACGCCUGCGCUAUCCUGCUAGCGCGGCUGGAGCCGUACAAGAACCGGAACCCCAAAGCAUCAUGGGAGGACUGGGUGAAAGCUGCUUAUUUUGACAGAGUCAAUCUGACCGCUAACGGUUUCUACAAGACUCCAGAUCUGGGCUACAGCUUUGAAACAAACUCCGGCCGAGCGUUUAACUAUUACAGCUAUGGAGUUUCCUGUUCCGAGGUGGAAAUAGACUGUCUGACCGGAGCGCACAAGAAUCUCAGCACGACCAUCGUGAUGGAUGUCGGAAAAAGUUUAAACCCAGCGAUCGACAUCGGACAGGUGGAGGGCGGGUUCGUCCAGGGCCUGGGCCUCUUCACGCUGGAGGAGCUACGCUACUCUCCCGCCGGCGUCCUGCUAACCCGCGGUCCCGGCAUGUACAAGAUCCCGGCCUUCGGCGACAUCCCCACCGAGUUCACGGUGUCGCUGCUGCGGGACGCGGUUAACGACAAGGCCAUCUUCGCCUCCAAGGCUGUCGGGGAGCCGCCGCUCUUCCUGGCCGCGUCGAUUUUCUACGCCAUCAAAGACGCCGUCAUGGCCGCCCGGGCCGAGUCGGGCGUCGGCGGAACCUUCAGGCUGGACAGCCCGGCGUCGGCCGAGAGGAUCCGCAACGCCUGCAGAGACCAAUUCACCAAACCGUUUCCUCCUCCGGAGCCCGGAACCUUCAAACCCUGGUCUGUCCAGGUCUAGGAACUCCAGAACUCCAGAACUAUCAAACACUUCUGAGGGCCAAUCCCAACACACCCCCUACUUUCUACCAAACACUUCUGAGGGCCAAUCCCAAUACACCCCCUACUCACUACCACUAGCCCGAAAAAUCAAGCCACGGAUUUUAGGGUCCUUGAAAUCUUCCCAGGGCCCAGUCCCAAUACUCCCACUACCCCGACUUUCAGCACCACCCCUAAAUGUUGCCAAACACUUCUUAAUAACGUCUGAAACGACGAGUCGGCAGUCCAGGAACAAACGUACUUGAGUACUAACGUUGCAGAUUGUCCAGUAAAACAUCUUCUCUGGUCCCUGAUGAAGGAGGAACUUCAAACUGGUCUCAAAUGUUCUCGUUUGUCUCCAGCGUUUCCUGCUGCUGCUCUUUCAUCACCAUCACCAUGAAAUCAAUGGAAACUUAAUGGGAAUGAAGUGGUUUGGUUGGAAAUAAAUACUGAGUGAAAUCAAA